UUAAAUGGUGACUGUGUGAUUAAAAUACUUCUAAGACAUCUUGUGACUUUUGGAGAGCACUAAAGUAGAGGGGACAUUCUCCAAAACCUUAAGAUUUCGGAAUUUCUUAGAAAAUAACGUCCACGUUUAGAAAAUCGUGAAGACUCACCCAAACCAACGGAAACGUUUAUUAAAAUCAUGUCCUCGUUUGGGCUAUUAGAAUUCUUGCGGAAACAAAUUUUGUUUCCGCUGGUAGUUGGUUCGACACUCCGGAGCCAAGUUUCUGUUAUUUUGCUUUCAAUUCAGUCUGCUUUUUCGUAUAUAAACGCUUUAAAACUAGCAGGUACCUCUAAAUAAUUAAUGGAAAACACUGGACUCAAUUUUGGGAAAUCGUUAAACGAGCCACCCUCUUUAUGCUGAAAAACGUCCACACUGCGACGAUUUUAUGCAGCUAACUCGUCCGGAAAUAUUAUGUCGGCAAAUAGCCCGGAAGCGCUGGAAGCUCAAGCUAAGAAAGAUCGGGACGAUACACAGCUUCGCCUGUCGCUGUUCGUUUGUGCAGUUGUUGCAAUAACAUGGUUUCUUGGAGCGUUCGGAUUUUCGUUCGUGUGGACUGGUUUUAUCAUACCGUUAAUCUUUACAGUGUGGUACCGCAAAAAUUGCCGCAUCAUAGAUGAUCGCGUGAGAGAGGCCGAAAUCCAAGUACAUCGGAGAAAGGCCUUGCGAGACGAAGAAACGGCGGAAUGGCUUAACUUUGUCUUAAAUCGAUGGUGGAAUUUUAGCGAAGUUUCCCUUUGCAAUCUUGUCCGUUCGAGUCUCAAUCCUGUUCUGGAUUACAGCAAACCAUCAUUUAUAGAGGCUAUGGAGUUAACGGAGUUCAGCUUUGGAAAGAAGACACCGUUUUUGAAAUACGUAAAAGUGUUUGAGAAUAUCGACGAGAACGAGUCACCCGAUAUACCCGCCUCGGAAUCGAAUGCUUUUAGUCCGCCGUCUGACAUGGCAACGAGGCAGAGGCAUUUGCUAGUGCUUGUUAUGGAUCUGUGUUUGCACGCACCUGAUACUAAAAUCGCCAUCAAAGUCAGAUUAGGUGGAAAAAUGGUGGGAGCUGAUGUUGAUGUCAGUAUUGAGGACGUGUCGUUAUCUGGUCGUGUUCAGAUUGUGUUCGAAAUGGAUCAUCUUGUACCUUUUCCACACAUGAAGUCUGUCUCAGUGACUUUCCUUGAAAAACCGGACGUUGACUUUGAUGUUCGUCUAAUGCGCGCCGUACAAGUGAUGGAUAUUCCUAUGCUAAAGGAUUUCAUCAAUGCUCUGGUUAUGGACAGUUUGACAUACGCACUCGUUGAUCCUGGAAGAAUCCAAGUUCCACUGCAUGGUGUUGAUCCUGACGAACUGCUCAGUGCAGCUAAAAAAUCUACUUACGCUGAUGGAAUACUGACAGUUACGCUUAAAGGUGGAAUGCCACAGAAAUACACAGAUGAUCAGAUCUGGACCUCGCUUGAAGUCGGCAAUCUUGACGAGAAAAGCACUGAAAAGAUUCAGGGUGGAACGACAUUCGAGGAAUCCAUAUCUCUGCUUAUUUACGAUCUGGCCAAUGAUAAGCUCAACAUUGAAAUACGCGGUAAAAGAACUUUUGGUACCAAAUACUCCAUUGCAAAAUACAAGAUGUUUUUGGGCAGUCUUGGGCUGGAAAAGAAGAAAAAAGUUGAGACAACACUGAGUAAAGAAGGAAUCAAAGGAUCUAAGUUGGAAAUCACGUUAGAGUACACACGACUGAAGCCCUAUGAAGUCAGCAGCCGUACAGAUGUGGACGAAUUCCUUGAAAAAUACGAGAAACCUAAUGAGGAAAGUCCAGUGUCUGGUCUUCUUCUGGUGGUCGUACACAGUGGUGAAAAGCUUCUGGCAAUGGAUGAUGAUGGUUAUAGUGACCCUUACUGUAUAGUAACCGCCAACAAAGAAAAGGUAAAAAUCACACCUCACGUGUCAGGAUCUGUUAAUCCCGUCUGGGAUUCUGUGGUGGAGUUUCUGGUCAAAGAUUUCACAAAGACCAGCGUCUCCUUUUUGGUGUAUGACCGUGAUGUUAAUUGGCAAGGCCAGUCAGAUGACUUCAUGGGUUCGUGUAACCUGGAAAUGACCCUAGAAGAACCUGUGAUCAUAAAGCGGAAGAUCGAGUUGAAGUACAAAGUGUACGGCAAGAAAAGGUCAGAGGAUUCUACCAUGAACGCAGGCUCGCUAUUAGUGUCAGCAGUGUUUCAGCCUAUCGAAUCGGUCGGUAAAUCAGAGAAAGAAUCAUUAGCUGGUGGAGUAGUGGAUGGUGAAGACAUCGAUGAAAUAAACGAACACGCCAAGAAGCACACGAUGAAGAGCAGUAUGAAGAUCAAGAGACAAGUCGAGGAAAUGAUGUUAAUCAAAGAGCUUGGAGUUUUGGUGAUUACAAUUCUUCAAGGUAAAGACAUGGCUGCUAUGGACAGCAAUGGUCUAAGUGAUCCAUUCUGUGUUGUGCGAGUUAAUAACGCGAAGAAGUUCAAAACCAGCGUGGCUUAUGAAACGCUGUCUCCCGUGUGGAAUGAGUCUGUUUCCAUCGCCAUGCCGCAAGAGGACGACAAGAUAUCCCUUGACGUCUUUGACAAAGAUGUGUUUCAGAAUGAUUUCAUGGGAACAGUUUCAUUGACAGUGGAGGAAAUAAAGGAAACCUCCAAGAAAGGAGGAGCUCAGUGGUUUAAACUGCAAGAAGCUGAAUCAGGAGAAAUUCAAGUUCAAUUUAAAGUAUCCAAACCAGGCGAACAGGAUGAGCCUGACAAAGCAGCGGAGUCACAGCCUGGAGAAAGCGGCAAUGACUCAGGAAUCAGUGACACUGGUGAACAAACUGAGGUGGUCAAAGACGUGUUUGAUCUUACACUUGACAAGAUGGACGAAUACAUAGAAAGCCAGAUUCCGCCAUUGUUUUAUGGUGUGUCAGGAGAAAUCAUUCAGGGCUCAGACAUUACAGGUUGGGGGACGUUUCAGAUUAGAGCAAGAGUUGAGAUUCCUCGGCAUGGUCGUAAAAGCAGCGUCAAGUACGAAUAUAUUACAAUGUGUACAACUCCUCAGCUCGCUCCGGAAAGUGGAAUGGCAAAAUGGAAUUUCAUCUUUCAAACCACUGGAGGAACCGCCAUUUCCAACGAAGCGGGGCUUGUGUUUGAGCUUAGAGACGCCAAGAAAAAAGUAGAAGGCAAGGCAAGGAUUGGUAUUCAGGACUUCUUCAGAGACGUGUUUACCAAGAGAUCGAGGUCGAACACUGGUAGUGUUUCGGAAGGCAAGCAUUCCAACACGAAAUGGCUCAAUCUCGAACUAGAUGGAAUGCCAGUUGGUCGUCUGCAAGUGAUGCUGUCGUAUUCAGACACGCCGGACGCGCCUGUGGCUCCAUCCACCCUCAAGAAACGCUCCAUUCUCAAGAGAUUCUCAUCCAGUUCAAAUCUGUAGAUCAGCAGCAAAUACCUACAAUGAGAACAUUGUAUUUUCACACUGCGAAAUGAAAGGCUACAGUCACUUAAAUAUACGAUGGAUGUAUAAACGUUUAGGGCCGCAUGCCUGGGAUUAAGACAGCACAUUGAGGGAACCUUUUCCCGAUUUUGCGUCAAGUAUUUUCAUACUAAAAGGGGAAUCCAAUCAAAUCAUUUGUCUAUAGAUAACUUCAUUAACGUCUUUAUUCCGAUGAUUAAAGGGCCAUUUUUUUUUUAAGGCAUUUCGAGUAGUUAUUAUUAAAUAAUCGGUGCGAAACUUCAAAAAACUCAGAACAACUAAUUUUUAGACGCUUUCUUUAAUGUAUAUAACCCUUCGGUUUGUACCACAUUUAAGCCAUCUUUUCUAAGUAAGCUGAAUGAAUUGGUUACCAUUAACAUACCAUUUCAUGGUACGCUGGCCCACAUCUGUACCCCAGUCGUAGAACACGCUUUGCUUUGGAGUUAAUAAAGCUGAAGAGUUUUGGCAAAUCAUCUUUGUAAAUAUUUAUCCAACAUGCAUGAAAGGCUUCACAAUGUAGGUUUAAAUAGUUGGUAGUAUAAAGGUUAACUUAGAUAAGUUAAAAGCCUUGCAGUUGCUUGCACGUUGUUCUUUCUAUUUUCUUAUCCAUCUAAGUGUCUGUUUCAAAACGAGGCCAAAUAUGAAAGCUGUCGUCAGUUUGUCUCACUGUAUUGAAAUGAACGCCUCAGGUAAAAAUUAUCAUUUCAUUGAUUUUGCACCAGAACUUUGUAAAACCAGUCAAUCCUGGCGAAAUAAUUGGGAGGCGCGGUGGCCUCAUGGUUAGUGCGCUCGUCUCCGGAUCGAGCGGUCAG